UGUGCGGCUAGUUAGUGUUAAUGUAAUGAAUGGAGACUCGCUCCCAGCGUUUAUUUGGGGUCGGUAAACUGCAUACCCCGCAGUAGUCGUUAUAUUUAUGUGCUGUGGUGUUAAAUGCCGCUAAUCGGUUGCCAGAUGUGAUAAAACAGCGUCCUGCUAACACGACUGAGCUAGCAAUGCUAACGACUAGCUGUAACUAAUAUUCUGUCACUCACAAUAAGUACACGAAAUUAACCAAACAUGGUGGUUAACACUUUUAAAGAAAGGGGUCAAAUGUCCAAGUUUGACCGUGAAGCCACGAGAAAAAAGGUGCGUUGACAAUGAACGAGCAGGAGGGCGGGGUGGUCUCCUUUGACGAGUAUGUGCGGCAGAAGGCCCGCACUGUGCCCCAGCACAGGAUGAAGGAAUUCCUGGACUCUCUCACCAAGGGCCCGGAGGUGCUGCAGGAGUUCACCCAGCAGGGAGACGCCGCCACCACCACCGUGUACCACCAGCAAGGUGCCAACUGUGUCUAUGCAGACAGCACAGAGGUGGCCGGGUCCCUCCUGGAGCUGGCCUGUCCAGUGCAGGUGACCUCAACAGAGAUUUCCCCCCAAAUGCAUCAAGGGUCUGAACAGCAGCUUCAAGUGCAAGUUCAAAUUCAGGAACAGCAGGGCCAUACAGUUGGUCAGGUUUUUCAGGUGACCUCCCCUUCUCAGCAGGACCUGCAGGGAAUCUCAACAGCACAACUGGUGCAGCAGGGAGAGCUCACAGAGGAGCAGCAACAGCAGAUUCAGGCUCAGUUAGUUGCAGCUGUUACUGGUGGUCAGCAGAUCCAGUUGUCAAGUGGUGAACAAAUCCAGUUCCAGGGAACGCAGCAUAUUCAACUACCAGGAGGACAGCAAAUUCAACUACAAGCUGGCCAACAGAUUCAGCUGCAAAGUGGUCAGCAGAUCCAGAUCCAGACCAUAGAGGCCAUGUCUCCCUCUCUGCAACAAGAGUCUCCCAGGGAGGUUGAGAAAAGGCCCGGCACCGUUGCCACUGUUCUCCAACCGGCUAAAAAGCGCAAAGUGGAUGUUCCCCUAACUGUUUCCUAUACCGUUCCACAAGGGCAGCAGAUGGCCACAGUUCUGGCAAUUCCUCAAGGCCAGCAGCAAAGUUAUGUGUCCCUGCGACCAGAUUUGCUCACUGUCGACAGUGCUCAGUUGUACAGCACUACAGGAACAAUCACAGGUCCCACAGGUGAGACCUGGACCAUCCCUGUGUACUCCACUCCACAGCAGCAGGGUGUAACUCACAUUGCGAUACCACAGGAAACGUAUAGUACAGUACAGGUUACUACUACAAAUGGCAAGGACAAAAUGUCCACCGCAUCAAGGUCUGCGGACGUGCUCCCAACCUCCACUACUACACAGGAAGAAAUAGUUCAGACCCUCUUCCCGGCACAGUUCAUGAAUGGAAAUAUUCACAUCCCUGUUGCCGUACAGACUGUAGGAGGGACUUACAACACCACGCAGUCCGUACACAUAUGGGACCCAAGUCAACAGCAGAGCCACGUUGAAGACGGACACCAGCACCUUCAUCUGCAGGGUCAGGUGGAGGCAGAGGCUGAUGCUGAACCACCAACAGAGAUUCUGGUUCCUAUCUCUCUGAAGCCAGAGGAGGGCCUGGAGGUGUGGCGCCUUUGGGCCAGUCGAAAAAAUUCUGACAUGAACAAGCAGGAAAAAACAAAACUAGCUCCCAUAGGACGUCGUCAGCCGCUUCGUUUUCAAGAAGAUUUGGUGUCUAGUGCUGUAGCUGAGCUAAACCUGGGCCUUGCCCUGAUGACACAGGAGGCACGAGGAUCAGAGGAAGAACAGUUUGGGCCUGAUGUUCUCUAUUAUGUGUUCUUGUGUAUACAGAAGUAUCUGUCUGAAAAUGGACGUGUGGAUGAUAUUUUCUCUGAUCCAUAUUACACACGUUUUUGUGAGAGUUUAUACAAAAUCCUGCAUGACUGGAAACCCAGCAUCCAUCCUUUAGGUUAUAUCAUUCCAAGUCAUGUGACAGAGGAGAUGCUGUGGGAAUGUAAACAGCUUGGUGCACAUUCACCAGCAACAUUACUCACAACGCUAAUGUAUUUCAACACUAAGCAUUUCCGUCUGAUAACGCCUGAGCAGCACAUGAAAGUAGCCUUCUCAAAGGUGUUGAGACACACGAGGAAGAACCCUGCUAAUGCCAAGGACAAAGCAACCAGUAUUCGCCUUCUCAAAGUACAAGGCCAUCACAACGCUGGACAAAAAGGAACAGAUGAGAUGUACGAAGAGCAGAUUGAAGAUCCCGAGAAUCCACUUCGUUGUCCGAUUAAACUUUAUGACUUUUACCUCUUCAAAUGUCCCCAAAGUGUCAAAGGCCGUAACGAUGCGUUCUACAUGACUCCAGAGCCUGUUGUGGCACCAAACAGUCCGAUGUGGUACUCGUCUCAGCCCCUCUCGAGUCAACAAGUGGAACAUGUACUGGCUCGGAUCAUUGUUGUCAGAGAGAUUCAGGAGAUCAUCGGCACCAGUCCAGAAAACUUGAGCUAAAACAAGAAAACAUACUGGACUCCAGAUUGUUGACUAUGCAGUACUGAUUCCAACUCUGGAAACCUCAAUGGCCAUCUAAUAAAGUGGGGUCGCUACCAAAUCAAUCAUUUUUGAGGAAAUUGACUGCACCCACUUCUUUCAGAACUUUUUUCUCAUCUUACUAUUUUUGAGCUGAUGGGGUGGACGCUUGUUUCCUGUGACCUCCUUCGGAAGACAUCAGCUCCAUGAACUUCUGAACCUGCAAGUGAACGAGGCUCAAGUCUCACUCCUGGGUCGUGGAUACUUCUAAGCAGAGAUGGUACAUUAUUUUGCAGGAGUCUUAUCAACAUGACACAAAGUUAUUCGGUCUUUAAUACCUGAUGCAUCUUCUGUUCAAGAUCUCACCAUGACGCAUUAAAGCUCACCAGAAAAUUAAA